GAGCCCUCUGCUGGGAGAUCUGGUUCCUGUACAGGGUCAUGUGGAGGUGGAGGAUCCUGCACCACAGCCCAGACAGGACAUGGACGAGAGCCAGAGCCAGAGCCAGAGUGUGGUGAAGCAAGAGGUUAAAGCAGAGCCAGAAGUUAAGGUGGAGCAAGAGGUUAAAGCAGAGCCAGAAGUUAAGGUGGAGCCAGAAGUUAAGGUGGAGCAGGAGCUGAAAGCAGAGCCAGAGGUUAAGGUGGAGCCAGAGGUUCAGGUGGAGCAGGAGCUGAAAGCAGAGCCAGAGGUUAAGGUGGAGCCAGAAGUUAAGGUGGAGCAGGAGCUGAAAGCAGAGCCAGAGGUUAAGGUGGAGCCAGAAGUUCAGGUGGAGCAGGAGCUGAAAGCAGAGCCAGAGGUUAAACCAGAGCCACAAGUUCAGGUGGAGCCAGAGCCAGAAGUAAAUCUGAAUCCAGAUGUUAUGGCUGAACCAGAGGCUAACUUGAUAGCAGAACUUGAGAUGGAGCCAGAAUUCAAAGUCGACCCAGACUUUAAGGUGGAAUCGGAGGUUAAGGUGGUGCCAGAUGUUCAAAUGGAGUUGGAACCUGAGGAGAACCAGGAUGAGGAGAGGCACAUUGACAUGGAGAGACAAUAUGAAACGGUGGAUGAGCCGAUGGAGUUGGAGCCGCUGGAUGACAACAACUUGUUUGGAGAGGAAGGGAGCGAUGCGGAGCUGUCGGAGGUGGAGAAGUCUUUGAUAGCAGCAUUUAACAGUCAAGAUCCUGUCGCUGAAACUCUGCCAGAUGAGGAGGGGCACAUAAGGAGGACGGACUAUGCUUCAGAUGAAGAACCAAUUAUGCAGCUGCAGCCUGAGAUGGGGGAAGAGCCAUUUCAAAAUCAAGAGGUCAUACCAGAUGGUGCUAUCAUGGAAGAAGGGCCAGCAUUGGACAUUAUGGGGCAGCAGAUUUCAACUUCAGACUUAUUCCCCAAUGAAGAGGCCAAGAUUGGGAUGGAGCAAAACUCUCGCACAGCGGAGAGGUCAGAUUAUUCAAUGAUGAACGGACCAUUGAGUGAGUUAGUCCUGGAGAGAGACGGUCCUUCUUUUGAUGGCGCUCAGACUGGUGUGGUGCCUGAAAGAGAAGAGAACGCUUUCAUGAGAGAAGGAGGGCAGAGCUAUUCUUCCAGUGUGACAAUUGAGGGGAAGCGUUAUCAGUUCUUCGAAGGACCAAAGACGGCUGAAGAUGCUGAGUUCUUCUGCCAGUCACAGUUCCCUGGUGGCCACCUGGCCUCCAUCACAAGCUCACAGAUCCACCGAGAAGUGAUGAACAUGAUUCCGCCACAAAACAGGAGACUCGCACGUACCUGGAUUGGAGGAAUCCGAUAUUUGAAGACCGGUCGCUUUAUCUGGUUGGAUGGAUCCCACUGGGGCUAUGCUGAUUGGCUGUCAGGGGAGCCCAAUAACACAGAAGAUGUGGAGAACUGUCUGGAAUUGCUGGUAUUUGCAAAUGGAAAAUUCAAUGACUUCACAUGCUGGGAACCUCUGACUUUCAUCUGCUCCCACCCUGUCUAGUGAACGUACAGCAAGCUCUCGCCUCCUUCUGCUUCUUUGUCUGAUGUGAAGAAGAGAUUGUUGCUUUUUCUUUUAGUUUAAAAUCAUAUCUUGUAAAGCAAAGGGACUGACACCAUACAAUAACUUAAAGGAACAUAACACAAUUUAUGGAAUACUACUAUCAAAUCAGAGGGCCUCUAAGUAUGUUGUACAUUACACUCAUUGGUAAAAAAGAAAACCUGAUAUUUUAUUCAUGCGCUUGUUGUGAUUAUUA